AAAUGGCGUUUUUGAGAGGCAGAGAAAUGGUCGCUCGACGCUUCGUCUCACGACUGCCUCUUCUUUGUUUCUCUGUCGCACUUCCAUGGUGCAAUAGAUAUUGAAAAUGAAAAAUCCAUGAGGCAAUCAGCUGUCGACUCUGACUCUCUGUUGGUUCUUUCAUGGCUUCCCUUACUAGCCGACUCUUCACAUAGCACCCAGCCAUCGGAAACGACAGCAGAAGAUAAAUAAGAGAGAAGAAAAAGGACGUUAGUUGCCACGAACGCUGCCUUCGCAUGCCCCCCAAGGCCUAACCGUGCUGUUUCCUUCUGCUGUGGCUGUCACCAACUGAGGGAGCAGCUCGAUUCUCUCUACCAGGAAUCAGAAAAGACCCGCACCAGGGCAAAUAACACAAGAUUGAGAUUGAUGAGAUUGUCAGAGGCCGCAGAGAAGCUUCGAAGGCAAGCAACUCUUUAAGUACAAGCUGGCAAUGAAAAUGCAGCUAGGGACUUGCUUCAACAGAAGAAGAAAGUAAUGGAGGCUUUGCAAUGGACAAGCCUAUGCUCUAUGCUCUAUCUAAGGAUCAUGUAGCUAGCUGUCCCCAGGAAAGGGAACGGGUUAUUCGGGCUGGAGGAGAAGUCAAAUGGCAGAUUGACACAUGGAGGAUUGGUCCAGCUGCACUGCAGGUGAGACGGUCAAUUGGAGAUGAUGACUUGAAACCUGCUGUGACUGCAGGGCCUGAAAUAACAGAAACAGAUCUGUCAUCUGAUGAUGAAUUUGUGGUGAUGGCUAGUGAUGGUUUGUGGGAUGUGUUUGGUAAUGAUGAGAUGGUUCCCAUCAUCCACGAAACUAUCAAAGAGCCUAGAAUGUGUGCUAAACGACUUGCCACAGAAGCUGUUGAAAGAGGCAGCAAAGACAAGGUCACUGUUAUUGUUAUCUUCCUUCGUCCCGUAUCUACUGCAGAAAGAAUAUUCUGAAAUCUGAAAUAGAAUAGUGCAAGUUGCAUCACAUUUUCCCUACCUGACAAGAUAGCAGUAUUAUUGCUAAAAUUCUACCCACAAAUCCUAAGAAUAAGUUUUCCA